AUGCCGGAUCUCCGAAGAACACAUGAAAGAGAUGAAGGAGCUAAGAGAUACCUUCGAUCCACAUGGUGGACGAGCCGCGGGUUACGAGAGAUGCUAGAUAGCGAGGUAGCUGAGUAUGGGGGCGAGAUGCUGUAUAUCAACAAGGAUUCGCGUAAUCCAUUCUGGCAGAUGGAGUACAGUCGGGACGAGGGUUUGCGCAAACUCCAUGCCAUUGAGGACGUUGAGAGGUGGUCCGAUUACUAUGAGCAGCAACCUGGGACUGGAACUAGGGUUAAUUCUGGCGGAGUGAAUAUCAUCUUCUCGGAUUCCAAUACUCACCACAGAGGAGCGGAGAAUUACCGUCGCUCUGGCGAGGUUGACCCCGUCCAAUUGCCAAAGGACAGUUGUAUUCGGCUUGCUUCCCGGACAGCACCUAAUGUGUUCGUCGCCAACGGAGCAGAUAUCGCACUUGUUGACGUUGAAGGACCUGCAGCCUCACCUCUCACGCGGAUCCACGCCAGCUGGAGAGUCCUAAGUAGUCUCACGUCGGGCAGUGGAAGUCCUCAACGUGACAGCUGGCUUGCCGAGAGUAACUCAACGGCCUCCACAGGCAACAACGAAGAGACUACAUGGCGAAGCGACUCGGAUCAGGACACUGCUUGGAUCGAAUAUUCUUGGGAAGAACCACUUAAUGUGUCUCAGCUUGUUAUGAAGCAGCGCAGCUUUCGUACCGAGAGAUACCCUAUCAAAGUCAGCGUGGGUGACACGAUCGAUUUCGAGGGUGAAAGUCUGAAGGUGGCCAUGGAUGAAAACGACGACCUAGGGGUUAUUGAAGCAGAGAUCUACACUCCGGCUUAA